AUGAUGGCCCCAAGUCACAUCACUCCUUUGGAGGCAAGUCACCACCGCCAUCUCCAUCACCCUGAAGUGAUUCAGCAGCCCCGCCGAUUCGCUUGCGACCGCUGCAGGAUGCAGAAGCUUCGAUGCGAGAGAGACAUCUGGAGGCCGUCUCUCAUGCCAUGCAAGCGCUGCCGCAAAGCACGCAUGAACUGUACGAUCAGCUCGAUGGACCGUCCGAUCAGCAAGAAGAAGUCAAAAGACAGAGUCGGUCCGAUCACAAAACUCGACAAGACAGCAGCAGCAGGAAAACGCUACCCGCAAGGUGACAAUGGGAAGUCACCGGGACUGGAUGUUUCCGAACAGUCUCCCCUUGAUACUACCGCUGCCGGCUUCUACGGCGAUGCAGUAACUGAAGGAUUUAAUAUGAUGGGUGUGCCCAAGUUUGUUUCGGAGAUUGUGCCUCCAGAAGAAUGCUAUCCAGCCAGCAGCGGGUUUGAGGAGUACCCGGCUCCCAUCUUCUCAGGUUUGGUGACACCUCCCUCGAUGGAGAGCGAGCGUGAGCACCAGCUGUCACUAGAGACAACGUCGUUUAUGGUACCGCAGCAUCAGAAUUGGACUCCCAUUUCCGUCAUGACUCAGGAGCGCUUUCAUAGAGGGUUAACCAUUACGAUCACUGCAGCAUUCCCGUGCUUGGACGAUAGAAAACAAUGGUGGGACCAAGAAAACCUGCGAAGGCUGCUAGACGUCAACAUGCAUCUACUGGACUGCCAGGGUCUAGUUUCCCAAGAGCUUGCUAUGCUGGGCAACAUGGAUGCAAACGUCGCGCUGAAUAACCUCGAGUCUGCGUCACAAAACGUGAUGCGAUAUUCCCAACAGUUCCUCGACGUCGUGAAAGUUUUUAUUCACAGAGAUUUUGCAUCUAUUCCCGUGUCGAUGGCGUUCGUCUCUCAGAUGCCAACGCCAAACCAAUCGAGACGCCCUUCGCACGUCCAAGUAACAACUUCGACAGUUGAACCAGCAUUGGUUCAAGGAGGAGAUGCUUCCCUUCCUCCUCAGAUCGGCCCCGUCACUGCAGCUCAUGUAUCAUCCUCGCCUACUCAAUCGCCUUGGCAAGGAAGUCAGUUCGAGGAUGUACAAGUAUCUUUAAUACUAGCCACGAUCAACUGCUACACCUGCUUGGUCGGGAGCUAUCACAUCAUCUUAUCAUAUCUCCUUCACGAGUUAAUGGCCAUCACGACUCCGGAACAACAUCCUCAGUCGUCACCGACGUUCACAGGUUUUGCAGCCGCAUUUGCAGCCACGUCUCACAUUCCCUCAGCGGACCGAAACUCGCAGCUUCGACUGAUUUUCAAUAACUGUAUACGCAUGCUGUCACAGCUUGAGAUGAGUUUGGGCGUACCGGAGCAACAUUGCGUUGCUUCUUGGGCGCUGCCGUAUUCAACUCAACUUCUCCAUCAGCAGCAUCCUCACGAUGGGAUUCUAUCGGGUCCUGUUGCUGCGAAUCUUCUGAACGCUCUUGUCAAUCAGAGAUUCGGGCUGUGCGUCAACGGUUUGGCCACGGGCAAGAACUCAGUGAAGGAGAUCAUCUCUGCGAUCAAUCAGUUCUUCGAUCCUGUUCAACCAGUCAGUCAGGUCACCACAAUAUAA